AUGUCAAGUAAAACUAUGGGCAUCAUUGAUCCAGAUUUUCGUGAUGCGGUUCUCGUUAGCGUCACGACCGAUGAAACGGAGCUAUUAUAUAACAAAAGUAUGGAUUACGGAUGGGUAGCGGAAAUGACAUUAGCAAAAGAUUUAGAGAUAUUAAUAAACAAUCCAAAGUUUAGUGAUAUUGAAAUUUUUUGUGAAAAUGAAAAGAAAUUAUAUGGUUGUAGAGCAAUUUUAGCAGUAAGAUCCAAUGUAUUUUAUAAACUACUUUAUAAUGGAAGGUAUGAAUCCCAAAUUUCUUUUCCAAAUAUUAGUUCUUUUGGAAUGGAGAUUGUAUUUGAGUAUAUUUAUACGGGGUCAAUUAAAGAAGAAUCUUUAACAAAAGGCAAUAUACUUGAAGCUUUUUACGCUGCAGACUAUUUUCAGUUAUCAGGAAUUCAGAGGAUUAUUAUUGUGAAAACUUACAAAGAUACACUAGAAAAAAGUUGUAAUGAAAACUAUUCACCGGAAAUAUUGUCUAAACUUGCGGAGACAAUACCAUUAACAGAUGAUAAUAUUUUUCUAAGUUCAUUGGUUGAUGCAAUGGCAGUUAUUCCGUUGAAUACCAUUGAAUUUGGUCGAUUGUCCAUUAAAGGUCUUCGUUAUUUUUUAUCUUGUACAGAAAAGCCUUUUACAACCCCAGAAUAUGAAGUUUUUCGAUACAGUGCUAUUCUUGCAGCGAAACAAGUUUCUGAUGAUGCAUAUAAAUUUUUUAUGGAACGGUUACCAACCUUAGAACAAAUAGAACAAAAUGAAAACUUAUUACAACCAGAAAUUAAAUUUAUUACCGAUCAUCAAAAAGUUGCUAAAGAACUGGAGCCUUUGACUGAAUUUAUUGAUUUCAGGCGAAUUAAGGGUCAAAUAUUGGUUGAUAUUAUCGAGCCACUAGAAAUUGUUCCAGCUAAAAUACUUUUAAAAUCAAAUGAUUCCAAUUUAAAUAAUAGAUUAUGUUUGGGAUAAAUCAGCAUGUGAGAUCAAAUGUUAUUAUUAAGGAUGUACAAGUAGUUUAGUAGGUGAAAGUGCUAGAGCUAAAAAAGCAUUAGAAAAUAAUGAUAUUUUUGAAUGGGAUGUUAUUAUUGAGAAAGCUUGUAAUGAUUCUUGGGUUAGAGUAUGUACAUCAGAAAAUUUCAAUU